AUGGGUGGCUUCCGCGCUGUCGAGGAUCGCCCGACGCCCAAGGAGGUGUACAAUUGGCGUCUGUAUGGCGAGGCCGCCAUCAUUGCCACCGGCUCUCUGCUCUUCGGUUACGACUCGGCCUUUGUUGGCACCACCAUUGCUCGACAGAGCUUCAAGACCGACUUCAACAUCAGCCCAGAGCACUCGGCCGACAUCUCGUCCAACAUCACAUCCACCUUCCAGGCCGGUGCCUUCUUCGGCGCCAUCAUCUGCUUCCUCCUCACUGAAAAGGUCGGUCGCAAGUGGGCUCUCCAGGCCAAUGUCGUCCUCUUCCUCGUCGGCGCCAUUCUCAUGACUGCUGCUACCGGCCAACUCUCCUACAUCUACGCUGGACGUGCCCUAACCGGAAUCGCCUGCGGUGCCAUCACCGCCACCGUCCCCAGCUACAUCGCCGAGCUUUCCAUCGUCUCCAUCCGUGGCAUCCUGACCGGUCUAUUCGAAGUUGCUUACCAGAUAGGCUCACUGGUUGGCUUCUGGAUAAACUAUGGAAUCAACCAGAACAUGGACGUCACCUCGGCUUCCAGCUGGCGCGUGCCCAUGGCCGUCCAGAUCAUCCCCGCUGGUGUUCUCCUCGUCGGCGGCUUCUUCCUGCACGAGAGCCCUCUCUGGCUGAUGCGCAAGAACCGCGAGGAGGAGGCGACCGUCGCCCUCGAGUCCCUCCGAAAGAUCUCCCGUGACCACACCUACCUCCAGGAGGACCUUCAGAUGAUCCGAAGCCGACUUGCCGACGAGGCUCUCAUUGCCGCAAAGUACGGUUCAGGAUCUUGGGCAUUCUUCCGUGGCUCCCUCACCGAGCUCAGCCGCAAGGGAAUGUGGAACCGUGUCGUGCUCGUCUUCUGCUCUUUCGCUUUGCAGAACAUGUCCGGUGCUGCUGCCAUCAACUACUACUCCCCCACCCUUUUCGGCUCUCUCGGUAUCAGCGAUGUCUCUCUCUACACCGGUAUCUACGGUCUCGUCAAGGCUGUUGCCUCCGUCAUCUUUUACGGUGCUCUCAUUGACAUCUGGGGACGACGAAACCCCACCAUCAUCUCUUCUGCCAUGUGCUCCGUAUGCCUCUGGAUUGUCGGAACCUAUGUCAAGAUUGGCCACCCCGCCGAUAUCAUUGCGGCUGGUAACGAUCUGUCUCCCUCCACUGCCGCUGGUGGUAAGGCUGCCACUGCCAUGAUCAUGAUCUACUCUGUCUUCUGGUCUUUCGGUCUUAACGGUAUCCCCUGGAUCGUCUCCGCUGAGAUUUUCCCCGGUGCCCUCCGAACCCUUACCGGUACCUACGCUGCCAUGGUCCAGUGGCUCACUCAGUUCGCCAUCACCAAGGCUCUCCCCUACAUCUUCAAGUCUUUCGCUUUCGGCACUUGGUACUUCUUCGCCUGCUGGAUGAUGAUUGCUGCUAUUUGGGCUUUCGUCUUCCUUCCUGAGACCAAGGGCAAGACCCUGGAGGAGAUGGAUGUCAUGUUUGGCUACAUUCAUGACCGAGCUCCCAGCGACAUUGACAACUUCGACAAGGUUGCUGACAAGCACUCUGCUACUGAGCACUCUGAGGAGCGAGUAUGA